UGCAGCUGUCUUUCAGCGGUAUGUGGAAGAGAAGUUACCUAGGAGUUGCUUACUACAUACUCCGAUUUUCUUUAUAUUUGCGAAUUUUGUGUGAGAUAGGCCUGGCACAGGCCGACGAAACUCUUCUACUUCCUUCGAAAGAUAUUGAUACUGAUAUUUUUCUAGAUUCUUAUUCCGCCUACAACCGUUACACCAUCAACGAAAAGAAAGUCAACUCUACCGUCCUCAUUUACGUCACACCGUGGAACAAACGUGGAUUUGAGAUUAGCAAAACAUUCGUAGCAAAAUUCGACAUUAUUUCGCCCGUAUGGUUUCAAGUACUCGAACGGAAGAAAGCUUACACUGUAACUGGGAUCCCGAAUAUAGAUACAGAGUGGAUGACAAAGUUGAAGAUAUCCAACUCAGAAGCGAAAAUUGUUCCCAGAUUUAUUUUCGAGGCUUGGAAGGCUGAGCAUUUCGUGGAAACCAUGAGCGAGCCAAAGAAUGCAGACGCAUGCAUUACAAAUAUCGUCAGGGUUUUAAAUAAUCACAAUUUUGAUGGAGCCGUGAUCGAAAUUUGGUCGCAAUUCGUCGGCCUCCAUGAACGGGAGCUCGUUUUGUUUGUACAGCGAAUUUGUGGUGCUAUUCAUGAACGGAACUUAUUAUGCAUCCUGGUUAUCCCCCCACCUGUGUAUCGAGAUAAUAUAGAAGGUCGGUUUACGCGAAAACACUUUGAUCAACUAUCAACGCAUGUGGAUUAUUUCAGUCUAAUGACCUAUGACUAUUCUCCCCCGUCGCUACCCGGCCCCAACAGCCCUAUUGGAUGGAUCAGAAAGUGCAUUUUACUGCUCGUGGCAGAUGGUUCCAGUGAAGCCAUGAAAAAACGCGCACAGAUUCUUACAGGUUUCAACUUCUACGGCAUGAAGCAUGUACCCCAAAAGCGCCUUGGUGAUGCCAUUUCUGGACAUGAGUUUGUGAGAUUGGUGAAUGCUACUCGCGCACCGUUUAGCUGGGACGAUACGUCGGAAGAACACUUUAUCCGCUUCAGUGACGACAGUGGCUACGAAAAUCUCGUGUACUACCCAACGGCCAUGUCAUUGGCCCGCAGGAUUUCCCUUGUAGAGGAACUUGGCACGGGGAUCGCUAUAUGGGAAGCCGGUCACGGUCUUGACCAUUUUUAUUCACAACUAUAACUUCGAACACUCGGUUUAAAGGAUGUGUUGACUCAUUGAAUAAAGUCAUGAAGAAUUGUUGUAAUUUCCAGCAACC